AUGAACGCACAAGCAAACCACCAUGCACUCCUUCUCAUCGCCCUCCUUCCCACCCCCCCGUCUCCUCGUUAUCCUACCCCCACAGCUCUGCGUUCGCCCGUCGCUCCUACAUCCACCUCUGCCUCACACCCUUGCUGCCCUGCCAGUCACGCUUCACCUCAGCAGUCACUGCAGGCGCCUCUAAACCUUCCCGUUUUCGCCUCUCCCUUCUCUCCCCCCGUCUCCUUGUUAUCCUACCCCCACUGCUCUGCGUUCGCCCAUCGCUCCUACCUCCACCUCUGCCUCACGCCCUUGCUGCCCUGUCAGUCACGCUACACCUCAGCAGUCACUGCAGGCGCCUUUGAAACCUUUCCAUUUCUGUCUCUCUUUCCCCCCUCCCUCCCUCCUCGCUGUCCUAUUGACCCCAACAGCUCUGCGUUCGCCCUUCGUUCCUACCUCUACCUCUUCCUUCACGCCCUAGUUGCCUUGCCAGUCACUCUCUUUUUUGGCAACGGUACGGGUAAGGCUAACGCCUUCUACACUGUCCGCCUGGCCCUGGCUGUUCUAUCUGCCGCUUCAGAAGCAUCUCUGCUCGUGGCCAUUGCAACAGCCCUUCACAACGCCACCAAUGCUGGCAGUGCCAGUAGCAGCAGCAGUGGAACUAAGGAAGAUAAGGAGAAAGGGAAGGAGGAGGAGAAGAAGACGAAGGAAGAGAGGGCUAUCCCAGCAGGGAUAGGGGAGAGAGUGGGUGUUUGCGGGUUGCUGCUCCUCUGCUUCUGCUCUGGGAACUUUCUCGCGUCCACAACCUUCCUCCCCAGCACCUUCAGCAUGUAUGCAGUCACCUGGGCCACGUCCCUUGCCAUCCAAGGCCGCCCCGCAGCAGCAACAGCGGCGGCAGCAGCAGGCGUGCUGCUGGGGUGGCCCUUUGCGGGCCUGGCAGCCCUUCCUCUGGUGCUGCACGGGAUGAUCACUGGAGCCUUUGUGAAGGUGGUCGUGUCUGGUGCUCUCACCACUCUUCUCGUCUCAGGCCUUUCCCUAUGUUUUGACCGCCUGUACUACGGCCAAUGGACCUCCUCUGUGCUUAACCUAGUGCGCUACAAUGUGUUGGGAGGGGGCGACGGUGCGGGGAGCACUCUCUACGGCGUUGAGGGCCCCCUGUUCUACCUCCGCAAUGGCCUCAACAAUUUCUCCCUCGCCCUCCCCCUCGCGCUUCUCCUCCCGCUGCUGCUGCUGAUUGCAUGCCUUGCGUCGUCGCCGUUUCGCCGGCAAGGGAGGGGUGAACGGAGAGGGGUGGAGAGUGGUGGAAAUGGGUUUGUGGGGUGGAAAGAGGUGGUGGCGCUGGUGCUGCUGCCGGUGGUCAUCUGGGUUGGAUUCAUGUCCCUUCAGCCACACAAGGAGGAGCGGUUCCUCUACCCCAUCUACGCACUCAUCCCAGUCGCUGCUGCCAUCGCCAUCACCAUAGUUCCGUACAUUAUACCCACAACUCUCCAAGGAUCUCCAAGCCAACCAUCCCUUCUCUUCUCGGCAGCCAAGUGGGUGCGCCCAGCCCUGCUCGGCCUCAUCAUUGCUCUCUCCUAUGCUCGCUCCACUGCUCUGCUCCGCUUCUACUCCGCCCCCAUGCACAUUCUCGAACAGUUGCCAGCAGUAGAUGAAGCGAAUGAGGACAUGGUCACGGUGUGCUAUGGCAUGGAGUGGCAUCGCUUCCCCACCUCCUUCCUCCUCCCCUCGCCCCUCCACCGAGCUGCUUUUAUCGAUGAUGGCUUUAAGGGCCUGCUGCCCAUCCCUUUUGACCCGGAACAAGGCGGCACGGAGUCUGCUCCCUCGUACUUCAACGACAGGAACCAAGCCACGCCCGAGCAAUUCCUGGACGAAUCCCUGUGCGACUAUCUCGUUGAGCUGGACAACUCGCGCCACGUCAGCAUGACAGGGGAGCGAGGAAGCAUCCUGGAAGGAGCGGAUGCCCUGCGAGGGCAUGACGAGGACGAAUGGGAGGUGUUGGCGUCACUCCCAUUUGUCGAUGCCCAGCGCUCCCCGGCUCUCUACCGAGCCUUCUUCAUCCCGGGCCUGUCCGAGAGGCUCGUCAAGUAUGGCUCGUAUGCCUUGCUGCGGCGGAAGCAGGCUGCAAGCAGGAUGGAAGAGCCUGAGGAGGAUUGGCUUAAACUGAGUGGCUAUGUUGAAGGAGAGGGGUAUGAUGAUGAAACGGCUGAAGGGGAGAAGGAGGAGGUAUCUGAGGGAGUGGCAGAAGCUUGA